AUGCAAUAUAGGGGGCAAUUCUGGCAAACGCAGACAGUGCAUGUGAGCUUUCGAGAUGGCCAAUGGGACACCAGACACGAAGACUCAGGCUUGCAACAAAAACGCGAGUUUCUUGAAGAGGUCGAAGGUACGGUGGAGACCAGCGUGAAGGUAAGCUUCAGCGUGCUCGCACAGCUCAGCGGCUUGGUGGGCUUGAAGUUUGCCGUGAGCCCAGGCAUUGCUUUGGGUAUGACCGUGGCCUACGACCCCGCAAACAGCUUCCUCCAGGAGAGGGCGCCCCUGCAAGGCGCCCAUGUGGAAGCCCUGGGUGUGAAAUUGACCUUCGGUCUGGGAGUGACCCUGGAAUGCAGCGACGCCGUUGCGUGGGUCUUAACAAAGCUUUGCAACUACAUCAAGGCCAUUGACCUCUACAAGUGGGAUGCGACGCCCGUUCCGGUCCUCAGCCUUCCGACCCUCCAGCUCGCGCAGGAAGGGUGCUCAGCUCAAGCUGUUCCUUCAUUGGCCAGAGAGGAUGAGGCUGAGGACUACCAGUGGCUUCUAGACUCCGAGGCCCUGCAGAUCACGGGGGCCAAGCAACAAGCGGAGGUGGAUUUGGAGCUCAUGGGAAGUCUCGCCACUGUUGCUUUGGGGAGUUUUGGAAAGAUCUACGUCUUCUGGCAGCCUUUCCCCUUCGUGCAGAUCAUGGAGUCUGUUGAACUAACGGCCUGGGAGCUUGCAUUGUGCACAGCCACCACCACUACCAGCACCGGCACUGGCAGCAGCGGCGGCGAGGGUGCCACUCCUGGCAUCACCAGCCCGCUUCCCGGAGAAGUGGUCUGCGGCUAUCAGGAACUUACUUCCUGCCAGAUGCAGUUGGCUAUGUCGGUAGACUCGGCAUCUAAGGUUUGUGAGACCGUCCAAGGGGCUCUGGGAUGUUACUGGACUUCAAACUGCUGUGAUAACAAGAUGUACGGGGUGAUUGACGUGCCAGAAUACCUCGCCUGCUUUCCAGCCGUCCGACAGAUGUCUGCCCAGCUCGGCCUCAGUGAUUCAGCUAUCGGAGUGAGACUGCCGGCUACCGAUCGGAUGCGGUGCGCCCUCUGCCCAGAGCAGCGCUCAGAGCUGAAGCCUUUUGCAUCCUGCGUAUGGGAGUCUGUCUUUCCGCACGGGGAUUCAGGCCUUUUCCACCGGUUAGGUUUCGUGCCUGGGGUGCCUUGUCCGUCACUGGCGAAGUCGGGUGACUGGGUGGCCGAAGAAGGUGCCAGUUUUGGGUCAUGUGGCUUCCAUGAUUUGCAGUUCCCGAUGGGUCCCGUGAUGCGGAUUACCUUUGUGAAACGCAUCUGA